AUGAUUGCUACUGCACAAUCUUCGUUUUCCUUAGAAAAUGCCGUUGAGAUUCUGCAGAGAUAUCGCCGGGAUAGGCGGAAACUCUUGGAUUUUAUGCUGGCCGGUAGCCUAAUCAAGAAAGUAAUAAUGCCUCCUGGGGCAGUCACUCUUGACGAUAAUAGCGUGGGUACUGCUGAUGAAUUCUUUUUGGCGACAAAUCCUGAAUCUUCUGGCUCACCUCCCAAAAGGGCCCCGCCUCCUAUUCCUAUCUUAACUUCCUCAUCCUCUGCCAUCGCUACAAAUCCAGAGUGGUAUGACGAUCUCCGUGAAACUGCAUUUGAAAUCUUGUUGGCUUGCGCUGGAGCCUCAGGGGGUCUCAUAGUACCAUCAAAAGAGAAAAAGAAGGAGAAAAGCAGAUCUAGGCUGAUUAAAAAGCUUGGUCGCAAAAGUGAGAGUGUUUCUCAGUCUCAGAGUUCAUCAGGAUUGGUUGCUCUUCUGGAAAUGAUGCGAGGCCAAAUGGAGAUUUCUGAGGCCAUGGACAUCAGGACAAGACAAGGGUUGCUUAAUGCACUAGCUGGAAAAUCUGGGAAAAGAAUGGACAGCCUUCUUGUACCUUUAGAAUUGUUAUGUUGUGUGUCUCGUACGGAGUUCUCUGACAAGAAAGCGUACCUACGUUGGCAGAAAAGGCAGUUAAACAUGUUAGCUGAGGGGCUCAUUAACAAUCCUGUCGUUGGAUUUGGAGAAUCGGGUCGUAAGGCAACUGACCUGAAGAGUCUAUUGCAAAGGAUUGAAGAAUCAGAGUCUCUUCCUUCUUCAGCAGGAGAAGUGCAAAGAGCAGAAUGUUUAAAAUCUCUGAGAGAAGUUGCUAUUUCACUUGCUGAGAGACCGGCUCGUGGUGAUCUGACGGGUGAAGUGUGCCAUUGGGCUGAUGGCUAUCAUAUGAACGUCAGACUAUAUGAAAAAUUGCUUCUCUGUGUCUUUGACAUCUUGAAUGAAGGGAAGCUCACAGAGGAAGUGGAAGAAAUUCUUGAGCUUUUGAAGUCAACAUGGCGUGUUCUUGGAAUCACAGAGACCCUUCAUUACACAUGCUAUGCGUGGGUAUUGUUUCGGCAGCAUGUAAUCACUAGUGAACGAGGACUUCUGCGACAUGCUAUUCAGCAGCUGAAAAAAAUCCCUCUUAAAGAACAACGUGGGCCUCAAGAGCGCAUACACUUGAAAACCUUGCAGUGUAGGGUUGAAAAUGAAGAGAUAUCCUUCCUGGAGUCAUUCUUGUCACCUAUACGGAGUUGGGCCGAUAAGCAGCUGGGCGACUACCAUCUGCAUUUUGCCGAGGGUUCACUUGUCAUGGAGGAUACAGUUACAGUUGCAAUGAUAACUUGGAGGCUUUUGUUGGAGGAAUCUGAUAGAGCGAUGUAUUCUAACUCAUCCGAUCGAGAGCAAAUUGAGUCCUAUAUUUCAUCUUCCAUUAAGAAUACAUUCACAAGGGUGUCACUUGCCAUUGAUAGAUCAGACAGAAUUAAUGAGUACCCUUUGGCAUUGCUUGCUGAGGAGACAAAGAAACUUAUGAAAAAGGACUCUACCAUCUUUAUGCCAAUUUUAUCUCAGAGGCAUCCACAGGCAAUUGCGUUUUCUGCAUCCCUUGUUCACAAGCUUUAUGGGAACAAGUUGAAACCUUUUCUUGAUGGUACCGAACACUUGACCGAGGAUGUUGUCUCUGUUUUUCCUGUGGCUGAUAGCCUUGAGCAAUAUUUACUGGAGUUAAUGACCUCUGUCUGCGGAGAAGAUACAAAUGGACCUUACUUCAGAAAAUUAAUUCCAUAUGAGCUCGAAUCUCUCUCUGGCACAUUGGUUUUGAGAUGGAUCAAUUCACAGCUGGGAAGAAUUUUAAGUUGGGUGGAGCGAGCUUUUAAACAAGAGCAUUGGGAUCCAAUUUCACCUCAACAGCGGCAUGGGAGCUCAAUAGUCGAAGUGUUCAGGAUCGUAGAAGAGGAUGAUUUGGUUCCACCUGUGCCUGUUCUUACUCGAUACAAGAAGGAGGCAGCAAUUAAGGUUUUUGUUAAGAAGGAACUUUUCGAGUCAAAAGUGCCUGAUGAGAGAAGGUCGAUUAGCAUUGAUGUUCCUGCAACCGCUGUGCUUUGCGUUCAGCUCAACACUUUACAUUAUGCUGUUAGUCAACUGAGCAAGUUAGAAGACAGCAUAUGGGAGCGAUGGAUAGCAAAAAGACCUCGUGAAAAGAUUGUCAUCAGAAAAUCUAUGGUUGAGAAAUCCAUGACUUUUAACCAGAAGGAAUCUUUUGAGGGGAGUAGAAAAGAUAUCAAUGCAGCUCUGGAUUGUAUUUGCGAGUUUACGGGAACUAAGAUUAUCUUCUGCGAUUUGAGGGAGCCCUUUAUCGAGAAUUUGUACAAGCCAAGUGUUUCUCAAUCAAGAUUGGAGGCAUUAAUCGAAUCCCUUGACACGGAACUUGGACAGCUAUGUAGUGUCAUAAUGGAGCCAUUGAGGGAUCGAAUAGUCACCAGCCUGCUUCAAGCAUCACUUGACGGAUUGCUUCGUGUACUGUUAGAUGGAGGCCCGUUACGUGUAUUUCAUCCAAGCGAGUCAAAGCUGCUAGAAGAAGAUGUAGAGGUCUUAAAGGAAUUCUUUAUUUCUGGAGGGGACGGACUUCCGAGAGGAGUUGUUGAAAACCAAAUAGCCCGUGUUCGUCUUGUCGUAAAGUUGCAUGGAUACGAGACACGGGAGCUAAUCGAUGACUUGAGGUCUAGAAGCAGUUUGGAGAUGCAGCAAGGAGGAAGAGGCAAACUUGGAGCGGACACACAAACGCUAGUGCGAGUGCUUUGCCACAGAAACGAUUCAGAGGCGUCUCAGUUUCUGAAGAAACAGUACAAAAUCCCAAAAUCCCACGCCUAA